AUGGCAACCGAAGUCUCGCAACAUCCCUCAGAGGGCCUGCCACAUCACCCUAGGGAUCGCUCCGGCAGCAUGUCGGUCGGAGCGCUGGCGUCGGCCGCCGGUGCCGCGCCCGCGCCCGAGAUUGGAGGCGGCGCCUCCCAAGAUGACCCCGCGAGAGUGUCGUCACCAAUUCCCGAUGCCGCCGCCAGCGAGAUUGAGAGGCAGGUACAGGAGGUCCUGUCGUCCGAAAUUGGCAUCUCGACUCUCCUGAACAGAUUAAAACAAACAAUAAGUUCCGCAAAAGAGUUUGCGCAGUUCCUUAAGAAGCGCGCCGCGAUCGAGGAGGACCACGCUUAUGGAAUGCGCAAGUUAUGCAAGACGACACAGGACAUGAUGCAGCGGCCGGACCACAAGCAGGGCAGCUUCUCGGACGCCUACCACAGCAUGAUGCUGAUUCACGACAAGAUGGCGCAAAACGAGCUGCAGUUCUCGUCGUCGUUGCAGCAGAUGCACGACGACCUAGUCGAGCUGGCUGCCAUCGCGGAGAAGAACCGUAAGGGGUGGAAGGCCAACGGCCUGGCGGCCGAGCAAAAGGUGGCCGACAUGGAGGCGUCGGUGCGCAAGCUCAAGGCCAAGCUGGACUCGACUGCCGACGAGUACGAGCGCGUCCGCACGGGCGACUCGAGCCAGAAGGGCGCCAAGAUGUUCGGCUUCAAGGGACCCAAAUCGGCGGCCCAGCAUGAGGAUGACCUGCUGCGCAAGGUACAGGCGCUAGACCAGGACUUUCGCUCGCGGGUGGACAUGCUGCAGGCGGAAAAGUCAGAGCUUAUCAACUCGACUAGACCGGAAGCUGUGAAGGCUCUGCAGGAUAUCAUCAAGGAAUGCGACGCUGGUUUAGCGCUGCAAAUCCAGAAAUUUGCAUCCUUCAACGAAAAGCUGUUACUGAGCAAUGGCCUCAGCAUUAGCCCGCUGAGGAAAGAGGGAGAUAUCAAGAGUUUGCGUGAUGUCGUCACUGCGAUCAACAACGAGAACGAUCUUAGCCACUACCUGGCUAGCCAUCAUAGGCAGCUACCAUCGCGAGCAGGGGAGCUCAAAUAUGAAAGGCAUUCGGUUCUCGGUGGAGGACAAUCGACGGCAGGACCAUUGGCUGGAAACCAGGGCCAAACACAACAGCCAUACGGACAACCAGGGGGCCAAUACAACAUGGCCCAGCCACAGUUCAACUCUGGCCCUAUUCAACAACAAUCAAACAACUCUCCCAUGGGAGCAGUCCCGCCGAUGUCUGGGGCUCAACGACCAUCAUCAAGGGGUCAUGAACGUAGCUUUAGUCAUGGCAGCCUUCUCAGUAACCCGCCGAUGUCUCAACAGCAACCGCAGCAGCAGCAUCAGCAGCAGCCCCAGCCUGCGCGAAAUUCGGCACAGGCGGCUGUGCCUCAGGGCUCAGGAUUCAAUGGACCGCCGCAGUUAGGUGCUCUAUCUUUCCAACAGCAAACAUUACCGCAGAUGCAACCCCAAUCGCAGCCACAGCCGUACCAGCAGCAACCGCAGCACAGCAUGGGGCCGGUGAACCCGUUGAUGCAACAUCCACCCCAGCAUGGUAACGGUGGACGGCCGGGAUCAUCGGGCUAUGGUCAGGGAGGACGAAACCAGUCGCCACCACACGGGCCUUCCAUGCGGCCUGUGUUUGGCUCAUCAUUGAACCGACUGUACGAGAGAGACGGACUCGCCGUUCCACAGGUCGUGUACCAGUGCAUCACGGCUGUGGACUUUUACGGUCUGAACGUCGAGGGCAUAUACCGGCUCUCCGGGUCUGUGCCGCACGUGAACAAACUCAAGAACAUGUUUGAUACCACCUCGGACUCGCCAAGCCUUGACUUCAGGAACCCUGAAAACUUCUUUCACGACGUCAAUAGUGUGGCCGGGCUUCUGAAACAGUUCUUCCGUGACCUCCAAGACCCGCUCUUGACAAGGGAACACUACUCGGCAUUUAUAGAAGCAGCCAAAAACGAAGAUGACAUUGUCCGACGUGAUUCGAUGCACGCCAUUAUCAACAACCUGCCCGAUCCCAACUAUGCAACUCUCCGCGCGCUGGCCUUGCACCUGCACCGUGUCAUGGAAAACAGCCACGUCAACAGGAUGAAUUCGCAGAAUUUAGCUAUCGUUUUCGGACCGACUCUCAUGGGCACGGGUGCUCACAGCGAUAUUUCAGACGCAGGCUGGCAGGUCAGGGUUGUGGAUACAAUCUUGAUCAACACCUUGGAGAUUUUUGACGAUGACUGA